CUCGUCGACAGAGCCCUUGUGGUGACCGCGGUACACACUACCAUCGUCGUUGAUUUGUCGCCCCCGCUUUAAACGUCAGGUGGACUCGGGCUUCGGAUCACGUGGUCGCCUGGAGAUCCUCCUAGUGCUGAAAAAUUGCUGCAGCGUCCUAGCAUCCCUGUCUAAGAGCCUACUCCUUUCGUAUUUAUCGCCUUGAAGGUUUACUCUCAAAAUGUGCGGAAUUCUAGGAUUACUCUCGCACGAACCCUUGAUCGACGUCUCGACUGAGAUCUGUGAAGGCUUGUCACUAUUGCAGCAUCGCGGCCAGGAUGCGUGUGGUAUCGUCACUUGCGGGCCCAAGGGACGGUUCUACCAGUGCAAAGCGAAUGGCAUGGUCAGGGACGUUUUCGAUUCUAGCUCACUGCCGCGCCUGAUUGGGGGAAUGGGUGUCGGCCACGUACGCUACCCGACUGCUGGAAGCUCAAAUCAUGCAGAAGCCCAGCCAUUCUACGUAAAUUCGCCGUAUGGCAUUGUGUUCGCCCACAACGGCAAUCUCAUCAACACGGCUGAGCUUCUCCAAUUCAUGGACCAGACCGCGCACCGUCACAUCAACACCUCCUCCGACUCAGAGCUGCUCUUGAACAUUUUCGCCGACAAUCUUCAAAAAACGGGCAAGUUUCGUAUCAAUGAAGAGGACAUCUUCACCGCCAUUGGCGAUCUCAUGGGACAAUGCAAGGGAGCAUACGCGUGUGUGGCCAUGCUCGCAGGUUUCGGAAUCAUCGGCUUCCGCGAUCCGAACGGUAUCCGUCCACUCGGCAUGGCGUCGAGGAAGUCUAUUGGCGGUGGCGAGGGCCAGGACUAUCUCUUAUCUAGCGAGAGCGUUGUUGCGGACGCAUGUGGGUUUGUUGACUGGGAAGACGUCAAGCCCGGUGAGGCCGUCAUCAUCACGCGCAACCGUGUCUCGCGCAGACAGGUCGGCAACGGCACUGCGUUUGCCCCUGAUAUCUUCGAGUUUGUCUACUUCGCCCGACCCGACUCGGUGCUCGACGGCAUCAGUGUGUACCGCAGUCGCAUGGCGAUGGGCGAUGCUUUGGCUGACGAGGUCAAGCGUAUCCUCGAGGGAAAAAAGCUCUCAGUGGAUGUCGUUAUCCCUGUACCGGACACGUCCCGUGUCGCUGCGCUAAACCUUGCUCAAAAGCUCGGUUUACCAUACCGUGAAGGCUUUAUCAAAAACCGAUACGUGGGCAGAACGUUCAUCAUGCCUGGUCAGCAGAUGCGAAAGAAGAACGUUCGUCGCAAGCUCAAUGCUAUGGCCCUUGAGUUCCAGAACAAGAACGUCCUCAUUGUUGAUGACUCAAUUGUUCGAGGAACAACUUCCAAGGAAAUCAUCCAGAUGGCUAAAGAUGUGGGUGCGAAGAAAGUCAUCGUUGCAAGCUGCGCGCCUCCGAUUCGCUAUUCGAACGUGUACGGCAUCGAUAUGCCGUCACGCAUGGAGCUCGUCGCACACGGACGCAGCACUGACGAGAUCGCGCAGGCCAUCGGCGCAGACCUGGUCAUCUUCCAAACGCUUUCGGACCUCGUCGAAUCUGUGCGGAGCCUCAAUCCGAGCAUUGAGACGUUUGACUGCUCCGUCUUCACGGGCGAGUACGUCACCGGCGGCAUUGAUGAGGAGUAUCUCACUCGGCUGGAGAAGACUCGUGCCGACAACAUCAAGAACGGAAAUAUCGUUGGAGGCCUUGGGCCUAUCGAGGGCAAGGGUGGAGGAGGGCUUGCAGAGCCUGUUAGCGGUGUGAAUGGGAAGGAGCCCGUGGUAGCGACCGGUGGGCCUACGAAUGGAGAUGAUACGGUAGGAUUGCAUAAUGGAUGGAAACUGGGUUAGAGAUUGCGUCUACACUAGCGAAAUGUCAUCAGCUCUGUAAUUGUUAUAGAUCCGACUAGUUUCUUUCAAGACAAAAUAUAGAGAAGAUUGACAAUG